AUGACAAGAGACAAUGAAGUUAGCGAGCUAAGUUUUAUUGUGGAACAUAAUGGGCGAGUUGAAAAGUUUUCACUAUUGUAUCCUGUAAUUUACCAGGAGUUCUACAGAGAGAGCCAAAAGAGGUUCAAACUUGACGAAUGUACCCGAUUGAUCCUGCACUACGAACACUUUGACAAUGUCUUUCGACCGAUAAGCUGCGUAGAUUUUGAAACCCUCAUCAAUUUUCGCAUUCACUGGGAUGACUCAUCCGAUUCUGACGCUGUUCUAAUCAAAAUCACUGUCGAUGAGACGAGUCCUCCAACUCAAUCAACUGCCAGAAACAACAUUUCCCUUCCAUAUCGUUUCGAGAACGAAUUUCUUUCGCAACGCAACGGCUAUUUCAUCCCUGAAGAUGUCGAUGAUCCAAUUUUAGCGCCAGUAGCUACUAAACGCUCUCCCCUUUCGUCUCAUGAGUCCGAUAGGUUCAUCCAAGAGCCAUCAGAUGCUGCGUCAGAGAAUGAUGUGUCAAUAGAAGACAGCGAGUGGGAUCUUCAAGGCAGUUUUUUCAACAUUUUCAGUUUGUUUUAUUACAUUUGCUCAAGACUUGAAGAGCUCUUGGGCAGAGGUGGAUUUGGACGAGUUUAUGCUGCAAUCUGCCAAGAGACGAACAAACGACUAGCUGUAAAAGUCGUCGAUACUGACAAAGAAGAUGAUACCGAGAUACAGCAUAUUUUUGAAGAGAUUGAAACGCUUAGACAGCUGAGUCACAGAAAUAUCAUUCAGUACAUUUCGUGUGGAAAGGAUGAAAAUACUGUUUAUGUAUUUAUGGAGCUGAUGGAGGGGGGAACGAUUCAUACGUAUUUGAAGAAAUACGGAGUGAUGGACGAAGUUCUAGCGAAAAUGUACACCAAGCAGGUCUUGUGUGGGCUAGAAUAUCUCCACUCGCUACAAAUUGCUCAUCGUGAUGUAAAAGGAUCAAAUAUUCUCCUCGACGCAACCCUCUCACUCGUCAAACUCGCCGACUUCGGCGCCGCCAAGAAGCUCAACUUCAUCGACAAAUCGCGCUACGACCAAAGGAGCAAAAAGGGCGACAUCGUAGGAACCCCGUACUGGAUGGCCCCAGAAGUUGUCCGCGGCCAUGGCUGUGGCCGCCGUAGCGAUAUAUGGUCAGCUGGCUGCACCAUUCUUGAGAUGCUCACGCUCAAGCCGCCUUUCAAAAAUUUCGAACCUCUCGCUGCCUUAUUUCAAAUUGCCUCCGCAACUGAUUCGUCUCAGAUAUUCGACCACGAAUUGUUUUCGCCCAAUCUUACUGACCUUCUUUCUUCCAUCUUUGUUCCAGUUAACGAGCGCCCGUUGGCCUCAUUCUGCCUGAAUCAUUCCUGGUUCUCCCAAUCUAAUCAAAACUGUAAUACACACAAAAUGGCGGCCCAGGAAAUCCAGCGCCUGAAGCUCGAUCUCGGAAUAGUUGAACAAAACAUCAAAGUAUUCUCGGACAUCAUCACAGAAACGCCCGUCCCUGGAACAGAAAACGCAAACGAUGCGGCUCUCCUUCCAAAACUAGACAAAAGCUGCCACGAAAUGCAAGACAGGCUUUCUCAGUUGCUAUCAAAUUUGGACCCAGACGUCCACGGUGAAAUCUUCAUGGACGCUCUGAGAGUCAACGACGAAUUAAACAAUAUUUUCCUCCGCUACGAGCGCUUCUGCCGCUCCCGUCCGCAAACUGUAGCCGCUAACGAAGCUGCAUCGAGUCCCCAAGAAACAUCUGGCCCUGCAGAGGGAGUGCUGAUAGAUUUUGGAGACUCAACUCCUCCUCCAGCUUCGAAUGCCCCUCUUCCGCCGCCUCCAGGAGGAAGAUUGCCUCCUCUCCCGAACGCAGCGGGCAAUUCAGAAUACUGGCUCAACCAAGAACAACCUUCACAAUCCGGCCCUUCUGAAUUCGACGCUUUUCUAGCGUCCAGGCUCAAUUCCAAGUAG